AUGAGCUCACUACGAAAUCACCGUGUCAUCAUCGCUUCACUAUUCUUACCAACGACUGCAGUUCCAGGUGAAAGUAGCCCUCCUACUCCAGAUAUUUAUGCUCGAGAGGUAGGUACAACAGCAGCUAUCCAGGACCUGGGCGGUCGUCCUCCAGCAUUCAGACAUGCUUCAUCGCGAUCUAUCGGUAGCACGCCAGCUCCUCUCAAGAGUAUAGUCGAUGAUUUGAAAUCUCGUGCAAUCACUCCAAUCACCACUCCUCCCUCUGAAUUAAAUCCAUUCUCCAAAUUUGCUUCAUUAGCUCCAUCUCCCGCAGGCAAGGGUUCAAUCUCACCGUCCUCUAUCCGAAACAUGGACGUUUCCCUUGCAAAGUUUCAACCAGACCCACUCCAUCCUAUUCGUCUACAGCGCAGAUCAUCCUCAAAGCCACCUAGGUACCCCACCCGCUCCUACUCAAACACAUCAUCCGAACCCUACUACUUUGCACCAAACAUCCAUUGCAACGGUGGCCUCAAGAACGCAGUCGACAGCGUUAAAGAACGUAUGACUAACAAACUCUGGGUCGGGACCCUCGGUAGCAGUACAGACGCUUAUAACACAGAACUCAAAGCGAGCAUCGAUCGAAGGAUGAAGGAGUCGCAUUCUAGUCUACCGGUCUGGAUCCCUGAUGCGGAGUUUGAGAGUUGUUAUGAUGAGUUUUGUCAUCAGGUCCUUUGGCCGUGUCUUCAUUAUGCAGUCCCCGACGCGCCAAAAACGAAACUCUUCUUCGAGAGCGCGGCAUUUAAGCAGUAUGCUGCUGUUAAUAAACGUUUUGCAGAGGCUAUCGAGAGCGUCUGGACGGAGGGCGAUGUCGUCUGGAUCAACGACUACCACCUGAUGCUCCUCCCCCUCCUCCUCCGCCAAAGCACACGUGUACCCGCUCUCGCUAGUGCUACAAUCGGGUUCUUCAUGCAUGUCGCUUUUCCGAGUAGUGAGAUAUUUAGAUGCUUAAGCGUACGCGAACAUCUUCUCCGUGGUAUGCUCGGUGCGGAUCUUGUAGGAUUUCAGACUGCGAGUUAUGCGAGGCAUUUUAGACAAACCGUCUCUCGCAUUCUUGCAGUCGAAGCGUUGCCCAAGGGGAUUCAGGUGGGUUUCUUGCCUCGUCCUGACGUCCUUUUUGUGCAGGGCGGUGCCCGUGAAGGCCACGGCCGUUUCGUAGACGUGGGUAUCUUCCCCAUGGGCAUAGACGUAGGUGCCCUACGCGAACGGCGCCGCGAGCCCGACGUCUCUUAUUGGGUCCAACUCCUCCGACAACGCUAUUCGGGUAUGAUGAUAGUCGUAGGGAGAGAUAAAUUGGAUGAGAUCCAAGGCGUGAGGCACAAACUCGAGGCGUUCGAGUUGUUCUUGAAGAAGUGGCCAGAGUAUCAGGGAAAGGUCAUCCUCCUCCAAGUAGCCCUCCAAACAACCGAAUCCAACGAGUUAGCAGCAGGCGGCGUAUCAGACGUCGUAGCACGCAUCAACAGUGCGUUCAGCACGCUCACCUACCAGCCAGUCGUGUUCCUUCACACGCAAGAAGUCACAUUUAGUCAAUAUCUGGCGCUUUUAACUGUCGCGGAUGCGUUUUUGGUAACCAGUUUGAGGGAGGGGAUGGCAUUGAGGACGCAUGAGUUUGUUGAAUGUCAAGAUGGGAGACAUAGGCCUUUGAUCCUGAGCGAGUUCACUGGAUCGUAUAGUUAUAGCGGAUUUAGGUCAUGCAUCGCUGUGAACCCGUAUGAUACGCAUGGGACUGCCAAGGCUAUUCAUCAGGCUUUGACUAUGAGUGAUGAGGAGGCAUUAUCAAGGUGGGAGGACCUCCACAACCACGUUGUAACCCAAACAGCCCAAACCUUCGUAAUCUCCUUCCUCACACGCUGCCUUCGCGCCAACACCGAACACACCAUCCAAACAGACCUCAAUUCCGUCCCUGCGCUUAACACCACGCUCCUCCUCCCACGCUACAAACACUCCUCUCGCCGAAUCCUCCUGCUCGAUUUCGAAGGCACGCUCUGGCGUCCCGACAUGUCGCGCGCUGGACUCCUCGCACCGUUCGUACCUCCCGAAGGUGCAGUAGAGCUCCUGAACAAGUUCUCUGCGAAUCAGCGGAACGAGGUGUGGUUGCUCAGUGGAUUGCCUAUCAAGAGCCUUGAGAAAGUCGCUGCCAAAGCGCCUGGAGUGGGUAUAGUAGCAGAGAACGGGUGUUUUGCGAAGAUUCCGGUGCAGAAUGGGAAAGGAGGGGUGUGGAUAAGUAUGGUUGCCAAUUUGAAUUUGACGUGGAAGGGUCUUUGUGUGGAAAUUUUGAAUUAUUUCACGGAACGCACACCUGGUUCGUUUGUAGAAGAGCGUGAGGCGUCUGUUGUGUGGAGGUUCUGGACUGGUCCGACGGAUGAUUGUGCGGAUCGUCAGUGGGCGAGGCGUCAGGCUGCUGAAGCGCAGAAUCAUAUCUUUGAUAGCCUCGGCGAACGUUACGGCCUCCGCAUAAUCCCAGGGUCCAACUCCUUCCUAGUCCUCCCAAACAACAUCUCCCGCUCCACAGCAGUGGGCGCGAUCCUACAUCCAGGUGGACCCGCCCACUCCCCGCGUUCCUCCUCGAUGCCCGACCUAGACGUACCCGUGAGCGGAGGUGGUGGUGAUGUAGGGUUCGUCUUCGCUGUAGGUAGUGACGAGAAGCUGCUGAGGCGGUUGAAUGAGCUGGAUAAUGCGGAGACGGUGUCGACGAGUGGGAAGGGAACGGAUGCGAAGUGGAAAUUGGAUGCUGGUGAUGUGGGGAAUAUGAUGUGGCUGUUUGCGAAUUCUCCGUAGGGGUGGUGGUGUAUCUUAGAUGGGUUUGGGCUACAUAGGCUUGGUUUUGGUUUUGAAUAUGCAUGAUGUACGUUGUGCCACUAGAUGAUCUUCUGUGCCAUUUGUAGAUUUGGUGUCGUUGUG